AUGACAGCCAUAAACUGCACAGGUUUUACAAUCUACAGGCUUGGCGCCUCCAAGAAAAAGUCUGGAAGCGAGAUUUCGCCGCAAGCGCCAAAAGACCCUGCGGUAUCGGAUGAGGAACCUGUUCCGCAGACCUCGAACGCGGAUGCCAUCGACUACGUCAAGAUGCGGCUGAUAGCAGCAGGCGCUGUUAUUGUUGUAAGCUGCGUCAUAAUGGGGCUGACGUUCAUGGGGGUAUUGAAGAAGACGGCCCCCGUGAAGGGCCUGCCGUGCGUCAGCCAAGAAUGCCAAGAGGUGAUGAUCCGCACAGACAGCUUAGCGGACAGCCAAGUCAAACCCUGCCGCGACUUCUACCGCCACGUGUGCUAUCACUGGAUCGAGACGCCAGUGGGCAAGCAGCCAUCCUCGUUCAUGAUUGACGUGGCGCGCAACUUCACGAACGUCUGGCACCGGGAGCUGACCAUGGACCACAUGCAAGGCGACUACGUGCCGCUGAAGCAGGACGCCUCACAAUUCUACCGGUCCUGCCGUGCCUUUCUUGAAAAACCGAUUGACAUUGGGGCCGUGACUCAAGAGCUCUUCGACGCGCUGAAGCUACCCUUGCCGCAGUGGUUCACGGAAACGAGCUCGGAAAACUUCUUGCACAAUAUCCUUCACCUCUCUCUGGUGAACCGUUUCCACUCGCUGGUCAGCACGACCCCUGUCGUGAGCGGCUCAGAAAAGGCUCUCCUGAUCCGCAGAGAGUCGCCGUUUCAUCUUCUGGUGAAACCCAUUUACGAAUCGCACCUGGGAAACUACACGAGCGUCGUCCUUAAGGAGAUUGGCAAGGAACACGCGAACGACGCGGUCAUCGAGGAAGUCCUGAAGCUGGACCGCACGAGAGCCCGCAUGGUUGUACAGGACGGCCUAUCAGAACGGAGGCUAGAAGACGUUAGAUGUCCGGGUUUCGCAGCAGAUGUCUGGAGGCGAGCACUCGAGAAGGACCUCUCCCGGCAAGAACACGUUGUGAAGAUGGCAGGUGUGGACGCAAUCUGCGAGGACCUGAACGGCGUCCUCGUGCGCACCACCAGCGCGGCUCGACCGCUGUACGUGCUGGCACUUUUAUCGGUCCCCGUAAUCACUUACGAUUACGAGCUGUCCGAGGACCGCAGUCCUUUCGCCGUCAAGGGUGUUUGCUACCGUGCCACAGGGGCCGCGUUGGAGGACGUCUGGCUGCAGCUGAUGAGCAGCUUCCUGUCCGUCUCUAAGGCCGUCGAGGAGGGGGUCGACGCCUACAUGAACUUCAUCAAGUCGCGAAUGAGCGAGCAUAUCCGUGCCAGGAGCUGGAUGAGCGAACACGACCGCAGCGUUGCGCUCGGCAAGCUCGAAAAGGCGCGGAUGUUGCGCUUCCGCACCGCCAUGUUGACAGAGCGGGCGGUCCAGUGCUACGCCGAAAAGUUCAGCAAGUCGGCUAACUUCACGUCGAACCUGGUGUCGUUGCGCUCCCGCGAUGUCGAGAAGUGCCUGUUCUACCCGGAGUUCAGCGGCAGCGACUCCCGUGUCACGAAGAUCCUGGCCGGCACGGACCUGGUCGCGGAACCGGAGACCCUGACGGUGUACGUGCCGGUAUCCUUCGCGAUUCCGCCGAUGUACUACCGGCGAGUGGAGGACGACAAGUUCGUCAACUUGGCGACGAUGGGCGUCCAGCUCGCACGAAAGGUACUGUCAUUCCUGGACCGGAAGAGCUUCAACCCAAAGGCGGCGGUCGACAACGGGACAGUGGCCACCAUCAAAGGCGACGCGUGGAGUUCGGGUACGCUGGCCAAUUACACGGCCAUCCAGACGUGCUACUCAGGAGUCUCGGCCAGGUACCUCAAGCGCCUCGACGACUCCCACUUCGACGACGCGUUCGCAGUCGUGGACGCCCUGCGGCUCGCGUACGCCGGCAAGCGACAGCACGACGUCGAUGUCGUCAAGAAGAGCGAGAAGCGCUCCAAGGACUCCAACGCGGCGUUCUUCAAGCUCGCCUGCCUGCCGCUGUGUACGGCCCGCGACGUCCCUGCGGACGUUAACACCCUGGACUUCGACACGUCCUACGCGGCGUGCCUGUUUGCCGUGACCAGCCUGCCUCAGUUCGCCCAGGCUCUUGAGUGUCAUCCCGGAGACCAGAUGUGGAAGAUAAACCGAUGCUGUGUCGACUAGACAGAC